UAUUGUUUUUUAAUUUAUUAUUAUUAUUCUUCAUAUUAUAUUAUUAUAUGCUAAUCAGUCCGUCAAUAUUGUACACUUAGUUCUAUUCAACUAAUUUAUCUAGUUAGUUUAAAGCACACAGCCGUCAGUUUCGAUCAUCUAGAAUUUCUUAACACAAUUCUCUGGCGAUAUGGCCUUUGUAAUUGGAUCCAUUUUUAAUAAAAUAAUCGAUGCAUUGGAUAACAGAGAUACACGCUUAGACCAUCUUCCAUUUACAUCGCCAUUAAGUGCAAUAGUGGUAGCCACUAGUUAUAUGUACUUUGUUAAAGUCGGAGGACCUUCAUUUAUGAGUAGACGGAAACCAUUUGAAUUAAAUAACGUGAUCAUCAUUUACAAUCUAAUCCAAAUCGUUCUCAAUGCAGCCUUGUUCCUUUACGCAAUGUAUGCUUGGUGGAACUAUAAACCGCAUUUUAAUUUUGCAUGCGAUCCGAUAGAUCGCGGAACUGGUGUGUUUGCCAUUAAGGAGGCGAGGGCCGUGUACUACUACUACUGUUUAAAGCUGUUAGAUUUGUGCGACACGGUGUUCUUUGUACUGAAAAAGAAAACCGGACAAGUAUCAUUUCUUCACGUAUAUCAUCAUUUCAUCGUAUUAGUAUUCACCUACAAGGCUGUGGGAUGGUCGCCAGGAGGUCACUUUAUGAUCCUCGGUGUUAUCAAUUCUUUUGUUCACGUGAUCAUGUAUACGUACUACCUGUUCAGUGUGUUCAAACCGCAGCUCCAGCGGAAUGUUGCAAUUAAGAGAAGUGUGACCACCAUACAAAUGAUUCAAUUUCUACUGUUAAUGUUUUGUUUCGGACGUCCUCUGCUCAAUCCCGAUUGUCCAUUGCCGAAAAUGUUUCUGUUUGAAGUCGUUGCUCAAAACGUUUUCUUAUUUUGUUUGUUCGCAAACUUUUAUUACCGAAAUUAUUGUGUAAAUCAACGUGUUUUGAAUAAAGCAAAAUGAUCC